AUGCGGCCUUUACCCGAGAUUGUCGAGGAAGUCGCCAACUUCACGAACGACAGCGACACGAUGUUUGCGCUUCUUGACGCGUUACAUCGCACGCAUGCUCUCGGAAACUUUGAGCCGCUUCGACGCCUCGGACUCAUUCUGCCACGGCAGGCCCUUUGGCCGAGUCUGUGUGCUGUCCUGGAUGCUCGACCUGGAGAAGUGGAUCUGUCCCCCGACGUGUUCGACGUGCUUCAACUGGUUCCCAUCGCAUCCAUACGAAGCAGAUCUCUGGACACGAGCAGUGCGUUAGUCGCUCGGUUGGCACCCGUCCUUCCCAGCAUGCACCACCUUCGCCGCCUGGAAUUGACGUCCUUGGCGGAUGUCACUGCCGUCGAUCCGUUGUUUGGUGCGCUGCCUGGGUCGACCAUCACAGAGCUCGUUCUGGAAGGCGUAAACGAAAUGCACUAUCGGCACGACAGAGAGCAAAUUCUCUCAGACGUAGCGGUGCAUGGCAUGUCGUCGUGGCUGGAACGCAGUGCGAAGCCAACCACAUUAUGUCUCGACAAGCUAGUGUUCCAAUGCGCCCUGCCCGUGGCAGAGCGGUUCAUGCGGGCGUUACAAGAGUCGAUGCUCACGUCCAUUCAACUCCACCAUUGCCGACACCAAAUGGCGUUGGCCUUCCCGCCAACACUCGUGCACUUGGCCUUGUCCGACACUCGAUCGUCCGCCGAGUCCGAGCAGCGCGUCAUCGACGCUCUCGGCGACCCGGCGUCCCAAUUGCGGACGUUAGAUCUGUCCUGGUACAGCAUGUCCUCUCGGACGCUCUCCCUUCUCGCGACAUCCAUCCCGUCGUCGACCUUGAUUCUCCUCGACGUCAGCUACACCUGCUUGCUUGAUCGUGGCGCUGUUGCGUUGGCAUCGUCUCUGCCUCACACGUGUCUUCAAGAUGUGCAUCUUGGGUACAACGAAAUCACCAACGUCGGGGGCGAGAUGCUGGCGACCGCAUUGAAAGACGCCCCGACCCUUCGAAAGCUCCACCUGCAAGGCAACUUUUUGGGCGAAUCCGGCAUGGCAGCCCUCGUCCAAGUCGCCACGACUCGGCCUGAACCCGUCGAGUGGGUCGACCUUACCAACAACGACAAGUUUUUCUUCACCGCGCUUGUUCGGGUGCACGCCAUGUACCGACGCCUGUCCCAACAGUACAGCUCGACCUGCGUCGUCCUGCUUGACAAGUGCGACUUGCCUCAACACGAAUGAUCUCUAGUUCACUCGUUUCCUUCCUCCGCGACGCGAAAGAGCGACAUCACAACGACCAUCGCAAUUCCAACGUUGGUUGCGAUACAAGGGCGGCGGGAUGACUGGAAUCGCAACGCAUUGGACACCGCCACGUCUUUCGAGUCACUAGCGCAUUCGUCUCAAGAAUAGCGUUGUGGCCCCCAAGAGUGCCGUCAUCGCCACAAAUGUUGUGCUUGGCCCGAACGCAGGCCUGGUGAAUCAAUGCAUGCAUGUCUCGUGUAGACGUCGUUUUCCAAUUACGUGGACGAUCGAAUGCGAGAUGGCGCAUCUUCCUCCAUCAUCGGAAUCGCGUA